AUGCCUAUGAUAUGGAAUACCCAUUUACUACCGUCUUCCAAUAUCCCACAGUACGAUGCAACACAUUCCAAUAUGAACUUUACAAUUUCAAGCCGCUCGUCCAACUCAGACAAUGGCAUGCCCCUGCUUGAGAGUGUCAGCGAAUUGCAACUACAUGAUUUCCCACAGGAGGAAGAAAUACGUGUGAUCCCUGUCGAAGCAACGGGCAUUCUCCGGUUCAUGGAUGACCAGAACACACGUUCCAGUGUCCUCGUAUGGGAAAUGAAUACUCUCAUGAACCCUAGCUACGAAAAGCAUUGGUUCGAUUUCGCGGCAUCUGUACUACUCGCACUUCACACGUACAUCCCAUUCAACGUGCCGCGAUCUCUGUUCCCAUUGAAUGUCACGCUUGUAUGGAGCACAACUCCUCAAGGCGAUCAUUUCAGUGAUGAACGAACACCUUACUGCAUUUACUUUCACGUCAACUCGUCUAAUUAUUGCAAUGUCGACCUCCACAUGGCUGCACUGAGCUACGCACUCGCAACUUGCUAUGUCAAAAUCAGCGUUGUACUCGCCAAAACGUCAUUCGGAUCCAUUUUUAGAGAUACCGUACUCCACUGCAGUGGCGUGGAUCGCCGGAACAGUCCGAGCUAUUUCAUGCUCGGAACGCAUUGCGUCACAAAGCCACAUGCCGCCGAACGCCCUGAUAUGAACGAAGUCCAUCAGGCCAUUGAAGAAUCGCUAUCAGCUGCAGAGCAUGUACAUCUAGUUUAG